AAAAAAAAAAGGAGCUGCUCUUUCGUACGAAGAUUGCCGAUCGUUGUUUAGCCCCUUUGGACGAGCAUUCGGUGCGUGGGACUGUUCAAUCGAUGCGGACGGAAAGGCCCCUCGUGGCUGGUAGUAAUCGUGCGGGCGCGAGUGUCGUGUCGUAGAACUCUGAGUGGUUGGUGGUGCUACUUUCGUAAGAGAACAUUUCCUUUAUCGUUUUUGUUUUACCGUUUGGUUGUGAGGGUGACCAAGCGAGAAGAAAAAAAAAGUUCGCCAUGACGGAAACGGCGGGUGAAUCGAGAGCUUUCGACAGCAUCAACCUGGAAUCGUGGGACAUUGUGGUGAUCGUCGCCUACUUCGUGGGAGUGAUCGCCGUUGGUUUCUGGUCAUCAUGGAGAAGCAGUCGGGGUUCCAUGAGUGGCUACUUCUUGGCCAGCAGGAGCAUGCACUGGAUACCCGUUGGUGCUUCGCUGUUCGCCAGCAACAUUGGAAGUGGUCACUUCGUCGGUCUUGCCGGAUCGGGAGCCGCCACGGGCAUCGGCAUCGCGGGGUUCGAGCUGAACGCUGUCUUUAUUCUCAUGAUCCUGGGAUGGUUCUUUGUCCCUGUAUACGUGGCCUCAGGGGUGUACACAAUGCCCGAGUACCUGCGCAAGAGGUUUGGCGGCCAGCGGAUACGGGUCUACUUGUCCGUGUUGGCACUUCUCUUGUCCAUUUUCACGAAAAUCUCGGCGGAUCUCUUUGCGGGAGCCAUCUUCAUCAAGCAGGCUCUGGACUGGAACCUCUACGUGUCCGUCUGCGUACUCCUGGCCAUUGCCUGCAUAUUCACCGUUGCCGGUGGUCUUAGCGCCGUGAUUUGGACAGACUUUGUCCAGACGAUCCUCAUUGUUGUGGGCGCCUUUGUUCUCAUGGUGCUGAGUUUCAUACGAGUUGGCGGCUACAACAAGCUGAUGCGAGACUUCGCCUUCGCCGAGCCUACCAACAACAGUUACGUGCAGUUCGACCUGGACAACACGCCUUGCUCCAAGGUUCCCGACAACUACAACCACCUGCUGCGCUCCGCAUCCGACUCUCAGCUGCCCUGGACCGGAAUGGUGUUUGGUCUGACCAUCGCCGGAGUCUGGUACUGGUGCUCGGACCAGGUUAUCGUUCAAAGAGCCCUGUCCGCGAAGAGCAUGGUUCACGCCAAGGCUGGCUGCAUCCUUGCCGGCUACCUCAAGCUUCUUCCCCUCUACCUCCUUGUCCUGCCUGGCAUGGCUGCUCGUGUCCUGUUUCCAGACCUCGUCGCCUGCUCGAAUCCCGACCGGUGUCGGGAAAUCUGUGGCAGCGAAAACGGCUGCACCAACAUCGCCUACCCUCUGCUCGUCGUCAAGCUGAUGCCCAUCGGAGCUCGUGGCAUGAUGCUGUCAGUCAUGUUGGCCGCCCUCAUGUCUUCGCUGACGUCCAUCUUCAACAGUUCCUCGACCAUCUUCACCAUCGACAUCUGGAAGAAGUUCCGGAAGCACGCCUCCGACGUCGAGCUGCUCAUCGUCGGUCGCUCCUUCGUCGUCGUCCUGGUCGCCCUGAGCAUCGUCUGGAUCCCCAUCAUCGAGCACUUUCCGGGCAGCCAGCUGUUCCACUACAUCCAGAGCGUCACCAGCUACCUGGCACCACCCGUGUGCGCCGUCUACGUCCUGGGUUCGUGGAAGCGCGUCAACGAGCCCGGUGCCUUCUGGGGUCUCAUGGUCGGCUUGAUCGUUGGCCUGGCUCGCUUCGCCUGGGAGUUCUCGUACGCUGUGCCCACUUGCGGCAGCGGAGUGGAGGACCCCAGGCCCAGCAUCAUCUCGCAAGUGCACUACCUGCACUUCGGCGCGAUACUGUUCAUGGUCUCGGUCAUCACCACGGCCGUCGUCAGCCUUCUCACGCCGCCCAUCGACGAGAGACACCUCUACCGGUUGACCUUCUCGACGAGAUUCAGCACCGAAGUCAGGGAAGAACUGGACAAGCCAAAGAAGAAGGUGCCGCCCACAGUCAGCGCAGUCAUCGGAGGUGCGGACAAUCUGGCGUACAAUAAGAGUACGGACAACCUGGCUUCCAACGAUGUACCCUUGACCAUCAGAGGUCACGUGUCGCCACACGAAGUGAUGCAAGCCCCAAAGAAAGAGCUAAGAGGCUUCAAGAAGGCGCUGUUCUGCAUCUGCGGCGUCACCGGUACGCACGAGAAAGCGCAGGAGAUGGCGGCCAACCAGCUGCCGCCCGUGAGUCCCGAGCAUGAGGCCCAGGAGGCGGUUGCCGCGCUGGACGAGAGUCGCGUGUGGGGCACCGUGUGCACGCUCAACGCCGUCUUCCUCGUCGCCGUGUGCGCGUUCAUCUGGGGAUUUUACGCUUGAAUGACAACGACUGCAGCUACCGAGCAGCUGAGGACUCAAACCGGACUUCCAGUCAGCGUGACACGUUCUCGCUUUUGUGUUGACAUCGUGGUGAUUGCGACUAUGGGACUAGCACCACUGUCCUUGUGUUUCUGGAACUUUCGUGGGGUACUUGAGUAGCUCAAAAAUGAUAGGGAACAGUGCCUCAUUUGACGACCAUCCACUUAGCGGGAAAGUUGUACCCUAGAUCAUUGCCGUGCCUUGCCGAAGUACCGUAGUACCGUAGUACGUAUUGUAUAAGUACGUUGCUCGAUUAGUAGGGCUUGAGAACGGACGCGAAUGCACUUGUAAAGCUGCAUAUUCAGAGCAUACAAUGCCUUCUGUGGGAACAGGAGACGCCGUGGGCGAAAUUUUAGUAGGUUUGGGCUCAAUCACGCUUGCCGUAACCCACAUUUCACUGGCAGGCCUGUUAGACUUGCCCGAUUGAACGUGUUUGCAGUGUCUUAAUCAUUACGAAGCUACUUUUGUACCUUCAGCUACUACAUGAGGCAACGUGAGAACAAUUUUGACACAAGUAUGGUCGCUGUGUCACAAGGUGUGAACCACCGACGCUCAUUGCGGACACGUCAUUUUCGGGCACUCCUUGUCUGGUCACAUGUGCACGAACAAACCUGUUUACUCUGAUGUGUACGUCAACGCUACGGGAGAACUUUGUCUACUCGGUUGCGGCCGGCGCACGCCUUGAACGACUGAUGUCGACAAAGUAGUCUCAUGCAUCAUGAAUACUAGACUCCGGACGGAACGUUUAUGUACUUGAACUUGUGGAAUCUGUGAUAGCACGCCUUGUAUGCUGCAGGGACUGCCGAUCCAUGGUUCGGUGUUUUGUGUUGUGCUGUGGUGUCUGUGCUGUGAUGCUACUGUUUAUGUUGCAUGCUUUCACUGUUGUACCAGCGCUGGACGCUUUGCCGUAGAUUUAGAGCUGAAAUUCUGGGGUGAAACGGGUCGAUCAGUUUGAAAACCGACUCUGGGGAACGCAUUGGUCAACCAUUUCGAAUCAACGCUGGCUCACGAAAACGCAAGGUCGUGGAGCUUGCGAUCGCUGUCAUAAUUUUAGUACGUGACUCGUGCAUUAGCGUUGCCAUGGGAACUGCCUGAAUAAUUGACUCAUGGGUGAUAAUUUGGACCAUUUUGAUUUUACAGUCCUAAUCACCAUUAGAUAGCAAGGUCAUCAGAAACCGUGGUGAUCCGAUGGUUAUACGGAAUCAGGUCCUGGCUGUGGCGGCCGCACUACAAUAGGACCAAUAUUAUAGAGGCCUUUGUAUUUAAUUAGGUGCACCUUAGAGAACACCAUAUUUUCAAACUUUCCGGGCCCUCUGCUGCAGCGUCCCUCAUAAUUGUAUCGUUGUAUUGUGGUUUAAUGAUUCUCAAUUUUCAUGAAAGGAUCAUAAGAAUGUGGAGGCUGUGAACACUACAGAGUCAACAUCAGGAGUUAUGAAAAGAUGACAAACCUCAGGGUUGUUUUUACGUCGCUACACACGUUAAAGUGAAAUCUGGUUAUCCACUUUUUCAAUGUUCGUUCUUGCUUGUCUUCGCCUUAGGUUCGCGUUUGGGAUCUGAAUCAAAAUGAACCAGCUGAAAAUAUUUCGAGGACCUUGCGUAGUUCAUGACGGCAGGAGUGGUUGCAAAUCGCGUUGCUCAGAUGUUCCUGAAAUACACUAGCGAGCUUUGCGCGAACCAGA